GGUGCCCCAGGUGAGGAGCGGGCCGAGGCGGCUACUGUUUGGAAAGAGACGUGCUGGGAUGGUAUAUCCCGUUGGCCUGGGAUUAUGAAGCCCAUCCUGUACUCCUGGACUUCUCCAGACAGGUUAUGUCACCAACGGAGGCUGCCCUGAAGCUCCCUGCGGCCCGGAGACUAUGUACAAGAGGAAUGGUCUGAUGGCUAGCGUGUUGGUCACCUCCGCCACUCCACAGGGCAGCAGCAGCUCAGACUCUCUGGAGGGCCAGAGCUGCGACUAUGCCAGCAAGAGCUAUGAUGCCGUUGUCUUCGAUGUCUUGAAAGUGAGUCCCGAGGAGUUUGCUAGCCAGAUCACGUUAAUGGACAUACCCGUGUUUAAAGCCAUCCAGCCGGAGGAACUUGCCAGCUGUGGAUGGAGUAAGAAGGAGAAACAUAGUCUCGCCCCCAACAUUGUGGCCUUUACCCGGAGGUUUAACCAGGUCAGUUUUUGGGUUGUUCGAGAAAUUCUAACAGCACAGACUUUAAAAAUAAGGGCAGAAAUCCUGAGCCAUUUUGUGAAAAUAGCCAAGAAACUUCUAGAACUCAACAACCUUCAUUCUCUCAUGUCUGUGGUAUCAGCAUUACAAAGUGCACCCAUCUUCAGGCUGACAAAAACUUGGGCUCUUUUGAAUCGAAAAGACAAGACCACCUUUGAGAAAUUGGACUACCUGAUGUCUAAAGAAGAUAAUUAUAAGCGGACCCGGGAAUAUAUCCGAAGCCUGAAGAUGGUUCCCAGUAUUCCCUAUCUAGGGAUCUAUCUUCUGGAUUUAAUCUACAUUGAUUCUGCAUAUCCUGCCUCGGGCAGCAUCAUGGAAAACGAACAAAGAUCCAAUCAGAUGAACAAUAUUCUCCGAAUAAUCGCUGAUUUACAAGUUUCCUGCAGCUACGAUCACCUCACAACCCUGCCCCAUGUGCAGAAGUACCUGAAGUCUGUACGCUACAUCGAAGAGCUCCAGAAGUUUGUGGAAGAUGACAACUACAAACUGUCACUCAGAAUUGAACCGGGAAGCAGCUCUCCGAGACUGGUCUCUUCCAAGGAAGAUCUCGCAGGCCCCUCCACUGGCUCCAGUUCUGCAAGGUUCAGCCGGCGGCCCACCUGUCCUGAUGCAUCUGUUGCUGGCAGCCUCCCCACGCCCCCUGUCCCAAGACACAGGAAGAGCCACAGCCUGGGAAACAAUAUGAUGUGUCAGUUGAGUGUAGUUGAGAGUAAAAGUGCGACAUUCCCAUCGGAGAAAGCGAGGCACCUGCUGGACGACAGUGUCCUAGAGUCCCGCAGCCCCCGCAGGGGCCUCGCCCUCACCUCCUCCUCUGCCGUCACCAAUGGACUCUCCCUAGGCAGUAGUGAGAGCUCAGAGUUUAGUGAAGAGAUGUCUUCAGGGCUGGAAAGCCCCACGGGCCCGUGCAUCUGUACGCUGGGGAGCUCGGCUGCAGUGCCCACCAUGGAGGGUCCUCUGAGGAGGAAAACUCUGCUCAAGGAAGGACGGAGACCUGCGCUGUCCUCAUGGACCAGGUACUGGGUCAUACUCUCGGGAUCCACUCUCCUGUACUACGGAGCCAAGUCCUUGCGGGGCACAGACAGAAAACACUAUAAAUCCACACCCGGCAAAAAAGUCUCUGUCGUGGGCUGGAUGGUGCAGCUGCCUGACGACCCCGAGCACCCCGAUAUCUUCCAGCUGAAUAACCCUGACAAAGGCAAUGUUUACAAGUUCCAGACUGGUUCCCGGUUUCAUGCAAUACUGUGGCACAAGCAUUUGGAUGAUGCAUGUAAAAGCAACAGGCCUCAGGUACCUGCAAACCUUAUGUCAUUUGAAUAAGUCUCUGCGGGACUUGGCGUGACUUCAGAGGCUUCUGGGAGCCCAGCCUGGGACUGGUGGCAAAGCGCACGUCCUGGGCACAGGCUUUUGGCCAGGAUGCUGGGUGACUCACGGCUGGACUCAAGGGGACUUGGCCUGUGGCCUCACAGACCAGAGGGCUCCGCCAGUGCAGGGUCCACCUGCCAAUCCCCAGCAACUCUCAUGACACUCAUUCUUCAGCACCACCCCGCAGGGCCAUGGUUGGGCCCCAGACUGUGCACCCCACCCUCCCUCUCUGGGCCCUCAUCCGUCCACCAGCCGCUGCUUCGACUAGAGAGCAUCUGGCCCACGUUGGGUCUCCCGUGCUUUCUCCUGCACAAGAGUGGACAGUGUUAACCUGCAUGAGGGGCCAGAGAGAAGGAACAGGCUAUGGAGUUGGCUUUUUAUACCCCAAGUGCAUGGGGUCGCUCGCCCACAGGGCUGCCUCAGAUUUUGUACAACCCCCAAAGCGUCCUCUGCGUGUGCGUGCCGUAUACGUGUGCGUGCGAGCGAGUGUGAACUCUUCAUGAAACAUGCAUUUUGGCACAAGACUUGUGACAUCACACCCUUCAUUCGCUUUGAGGCCCUGCUUUAACCUGACGUGAUAGCCUUGUCCACUGAGGAAGGUCAGAGUGAGAGCCCAGAUUCCUCCUAUGUUAAGGGUUCCUUGCAUUCUUUUACUGUAAACAAACAAUGCCUUAAA